UUCGGCCCUUUCGGCCCUUUCUCCCCUCGGAUUUUUCUUCUUGCAAAUCCCAUUCCGCUUCCGCCCAGGCAGCGCCGAAGUCGUUCGUUCCAGCUCCAGCGCGUCGUUCAUUUCCAACAAUCCAGCGGCGCUGUUCCUCAUUUCCGCACUAGGUUCGUGCCUUCGCUUGACCUCGUCCAAGGCAAGACACCCCUCUCAACAAAUCGCUUAAUCGCUUUAGAAGUUUUUUCCUCAAAAUAUACUCUAGCUUCGUUUGAUUUUGCGAUGCUAGCCUCAAAGAAGGCUUUUGAUAAGCUUUGCCGGCGUUGCAUCCCUUUUCCCUCGACGAUUAAUUCAGGUGAUAGCUGCUUGCUCCAAGGGCACAUUUCUUUUGGAGUUUCCUAUUCAGAAGGUGCCAAUGAUACACGAGAGACAAUAUACUGGAGUGGACAAAGAAGAAAUGUAUCUCCGGCUGGUUUCUUGACUCUUACACAUGCAAGUAUUGGUGGGAAUUCUUUAGAAAUUGAUAAUCAUUGCCAUGAUUGGCACAUGUCAAGUCGUCAUUAUAAUUUCUUGUCAAAUGACAAAUCAAUAAGAGGAUUUUCAGACAAGGUUUUAGGAAGCAUUCCAGAAUAUGUGAAGAUAGUUGAAGUAGGUCCAAGGGAUGGAUUACAAAAUGAGAAGGAUGUUGUACCUACUCCUGUCAAGGUUGAGUUGAUUAGAAUGCUAGUUUCUUCUGGGUUGCCUGUUGUUGAGGCAACAAGUUUUGUCUCACCAAAAUGGGUACCACAGCUAGCUGAUGCAAAGGAUGUAAUGGCAGCAAUUAGAGAUCUUGAAGGUGCUAGAUUUCCAGUAUUAACUCCUAAUCUGAAAGGUUUUGAAGCAGCUGUUGCAGCUGGAGCGAAGGAAGUUGCCAUCUUUGCAUCAGCUUCAGAAUCUUUUUCAAAGUCAAAUAUCAAUUGCAGCAUUGAAGAUAGUCUGGGUCGUUAUAAUGAUGUUGCCCUUGCUGCCAGCAAGCUUUCAAUUCCUGUUCGUGGAUAUAUAUCAUGUGUUGUGGGGUGUCCAGUAGAAGGAAUGAUAUCUCCGUCAAAUGUUGCAUAUGUUGCUAAACGACUUUGCGAUAUGGGUUGUUCUGAAAUUUCCCUUGGUGAUACAAUUGGUGUUGGUACUCCUGGUACUGUCAUUCCAAUGCUUGGAGCUGUUCUUAAUGUUGUCCCUGUUGAUAAGCUUGCUGUCCAUUUUCACGACACUUAUGGUCAAGCUCUUUCAAAUAUUCUAGCAUCACUCCAUAUGGGGAUCAACACUGUUGAUUCAUCAGUCUCUGGUCUUGGGGGUUGCCCAUAUGCUAAGGGGGCUUCUGGUAAUGUUGCUACUGAAGAUGUUGUCUACAUGCUCAAUGGUCUUGGAGUCAAGACUAAUGUGGAUCUCCAGAAGGUCAUUUUAGCAGGAAAUUUCAUCUGCAAGCAUUUGGGGCGUUCUUCUGGUUCGAAGACAGCAAUUGCCUUGAGCAAAAUCACAGCUCAUGCCUCCAAACUUUAGGAUAUUACUAGAGCUGCAUCAUAUAACCAUGUUAUACAGAAAUGUGUCUUAAAUUUAUUUCAUCAUGCAUUAGGACACACAAAGCUUUCAAAAUGAUAUACAAUCCCUUGCUCUUGCUUGAAGAGUGCACAUGUACAUUUCUGUUCACAAGUAUUAUCAUGUAGGGGUGAGCACUUGGUUUAUUCUGUUCA